AUGGCGCAGAGGAGAUUGCGUGAAAAGUGGAAGGAGGACCUGGAGAACUCCCCCUAUGGAACCUACACCAUAGGGGCAGUUCUCCCGUCGCUAGACCGAUGGCUUGACCGGACGCACGGCAGGGUUGGGUUUAGACUGGUGCAGGUACUGACCGGACACGGGUGCUUCGGUCACUACCUGCACUGGAUCGGUCGCGAGCCUACCCAAUCCUGCCAUCAAUGUGACGAGACGGACGACACCGCCCAGCACACCCUGCAGGUGUGCAAUCGCUGGGCGGUGGAGCGGAGUGCGCUGGUGGUAGCCAUCGGGACCAAUGAUCUCUCGCUGCACAGUGUCGUGGCGGCCAUGCUGGGCAGCGAAAGAUCCUGGGAGGCGGUGACCUCCUUUUGUGACGCGGUUGUCUCGCAAAAGGAGGUCGAGGAGCGGGAGCGCGAGGAGGAUCCAAACGCGCUCCCGAUAAGGCGAAAACGAGCGGGCAGGAGGGCUAAGCGGUUCGCCAUUGUGAACCGCGCUAUACCCCAGUAG